AUGGAUGAUUUUACUGUUUAUGGAUCAUCUUUUGAUGCUUUCAUUGCCUAUCACCAUAGCAAGGAAAUCUCGGUUGUCGCUAUCUUGGCCGAUCUCUAUGACACGUUCGACCGAAGAUGCGUAAAGAACGGCACAAGAAUUCUUUGUUGUAUGCCAGCUCUCUAUGUGUGGCUCGUCUCACACCUUUUCCGCCAAGAAAGUAGGCCCACCUGUCCACUGCAUCGUCACCGCUUAUGCACCGAGAAGGGAAAGGCAAACUGGGAGCAACUCUUGGCUAGUGUGGUAGGGGCAUCCAUCAAUUGGUUCCCCCGUUGGAAGGAAGGAAAAGUUGGAGUUUUGUCCUCAUGUGAGGGAUUUUCAAAUGUCCCCUUGAUGGGAACAAGGGGUUGUAUUAAUUAUAAUCAUGUCCUCACCAUAAGACAACUUGGCUACCCCAUGAGAGGAGCACCAUCGAAGGAAAGCAUCACACCUUUCAUCACACGGGGUUUCAGCGACCCCAACGCGAGGCUAAGGGCUGCGAGAAAGGAAGAGGCUGAAACUCCGGAAGAAAGUGAAGAGGUACAAGCCCUAAAAGCGGAGCUUGAACAAGCCCGAGCAGUCAAAGAGAAGUUCAAGUCAACGGCCAUCAAAGUCCGAAAGGAGUACGAUGAACUAAAAGACAUCAAUAUGGCCACCACCGAAGCCUUGGAACAAGAAACCAAGAAGGCCCUAAAAGAAGAACACGACCGAAACAAGUUCCGAGGAGCUUUGUGGGGCAGAUACAAUGAGCUUAAGCUCCAAAGAGAUGAAAAGGAUCAGUCGCGGGUCGAAGUCAUGAUCUUGAAAGAUGAGUUAAAAGAUUGUCAUAGGUCGAAAAGAAGCUUGUCCCAGCAAUUGAGCAAGACUGAAGGAAAUAUAUGGGCCAUCAUCAAUGAUUACAAAUAA